GAAGGCCACUGUGUCGUCUGCAACGCAGUGCGUAUGGUGGGUCGUUGGGUGAGAGUAAUGAUUCGCGGCUGGUUAAGGAUGGAAAUCAUUACACAAUGUAUUAUCCCUAUCAGUGAUCUAAUGGAAUCAGUUGGUAUGCCUACACUUAUGUUGUAAUGUGCGUACGUCGUUCUUAUAGAUUUGUAAAUGGUGUUGGAAAGAUGGCUCUUAUUUGGGACAAAUAUGUGUUAUAAGGUUUGCUGAUUUUUUUCUCAAGUCGCCGGCGUACGUUUAUUCAUACUUCGACGUCCCACGCUUUUGCAACACACACAACAGUUUCACUUAUUUUCGGAUCGUGAUGUGAACUGCGCAAGAUACCAGUUAAAGUGGUUGCCCAUGGCUUAUGGCAGUAAUGGCAGCUAUUCCAGGAAAAAGGAAGCCACCUACACCUCCAAAACCUUCAUUACACCAUUUGGCAGGCCCAAAUUUAGAAGAAGGCCAUGGUGAUCCUUCCAAAGAAAGAUAUGUCAGCAAUUUGCAGAGGGAAGGAAAGGCCAAGAAUAAUCAUAUUUAUGAUGAAAUUGUGAAUGCCUGUAAAGAAACUGUUGUUGAGAAGAAAAUUUCAAAGCUCAAAACAAAGACUGAUAACACAAGUGAUGCAGCAGUUAGAGAAAAGACUUAUGGUGCUGAUGUGAUAAAGUGUAACAGUGACAAACAUUCACCCAAACCUCCACUUUUACCAAAACCUCAGACAUCGCCAAAACUUCUUAACAGUUUUCUAAGGCUUGGCCCUGCAAAUACGAGACCGUUCAUUUCCAAACGUCUCAGCCUAGUCCUGCCAACAGCAAGAAAUGGCAAGGAAUUGACUGUUGGCUCUGAGAAUGAGAUAACAUUUCUCACAUCCACAGUUGGAAAUUAUGAUGGAGAGUCUGCUAUCAAAAGACUGCCUGUUCACAUUAAGGCUCCAGUUGCAAAAUUAGAAGAAUUUGAAAAUUUCUGUGAUUCUGUAAAAAGUGAGAGCCCUGUCAGACCUCCACGAUCACCCAAGCACCAGCCCUUUAAAGGAGAACCUUUCACAGUUUUUGAACAUAAACCUGAAUUACCACUGAAGAAGAAACAAUGGAAUUGUAAUGCAGCAAGUCCUGUGCUAGCAUCUGGAGCUGAUUUUGAAGCAUUGCAAUUGCAUUGGCAAAACAUGAAAAGGAAGAGUGCAAGCCUGGGUAGAAGUGAUGCUUUUAGAUUUAUUGAAGGUCAAACUAAGUGUGCUAGUUUGGAAAGGGGCAAGAUUACAGACUUUGUGUCUUAUGUAGCAAACGAAGAGGAGUUACCUAGUUUAAGAGCCAAGAAUGCACCUAUUCCACCUCCACGUCAGAAGAAGAAACAAUGCGGACAUUCUCAUAGUAUUCCUGUCUAUGCAGAAGUAAAUUACAGUUUGAAGAAAAACCGCAGACAGGCAGCUGAAGAACCAAAAGAAUGUUCUGAGUAUGACAUAGAUGGUAAUGAGGAAGGGGUACAAGAACAGAUGGCUGUGAUUCAAGGAAAGUUAGUCCUACCUGGACCAAAGAAUGACACUUUAGUCAGUAAAGUAGAAGGAUUGGUGUUGGACGAACAUACAGAAGGAGGAGAAUGUUUUCAAGAAAUUGUGGUUUGUGACAACACUGAAAACAUGAAAGAAUCAAAGAAGAUUGAAGUUGUGAAUGAAGUAAGUGUCUGUAGAGAAGAUGUUGAUGAGGUUGUUAAGUUUGAAACACUGAAUUUAGUGGACCUAAACAAUGGUUGUGUAAUCUCACAAGAUAACAUUUUAAAUAGUACUGACUUGGAUUGUGCCACAGAAGAUAAUAAUGAUAGCAUUAGUUCAUUUUUAGUAGAUAAUAGGACUUCAGGCACAAAUGGCAGAAUUUCACCAGUUGUGGUAAUGGAAGUUAUGUCUCAUGCUGAGGAAUCUUUAACAUCAAGUCUGUUGCUUGCACAUGCAGAAGAAAAGCAGAGUGGUUCGAGUCUGGAAUGCUUUUCAGUAGAGCCUCAAAAAGAGUCAAUACCAGGAAAGGUAGAAGAGCAGUCAUCUAAGAUUUCCCAUAAUGUCAGCAUUGUUGAUGGUGCUGAGCAUCUUGCCAUUGAAGGAAACAGUUCUCCCAUAAUACAUCCAGGAAUUGCAGAUUUUUCUGAAAGUGUAACAGCAGUUGUCAUAGACAGUGAAUCUGCAGAAAGUGUGAAGAAUAAUAUUGACAUAUCUUUGCAUAGUAGUGUCAAUAAUGUUGAGGUGAGUUGCACUGAUCUAGUCAUUGUGAAGGAAAUAGAAGUUACUUCCCAGGUAGAAGCAGAUGUGUCCCAGAAUGUAGACAGUGCUAAUAGUGACUAUAGGUUAUCAGCAUCUUCAUUACCAGUGAGGAGAAAACUGGAAAUGAAAGAGUCAGGUAAGUUUCUCCGACGGAGGCAGUCAUGGAGUAAUUGCAAAGAUGACUCACCUUCACCUGAGAAAACUACACAUUGCAUCCCCAGUACACAUAAGCACAAGUCAAAGUCAUGUUCUUGGUGGUGUGAUGAAGGAGAUCUUUCUAGUGGAGUACUGGGAGACUUAGACAGUUCAGAUACUACAGCAAGGCAGAGUUCAUAUGAGGAAGUUGAUUGGACAGGUAGCGAUUUUGAAGAUGGACCCAAUCCUGUGCGGAGUAAAUUAUCUACAUUGUUGGGUUCUCUUGGAAAGGGAAAUCAGAAGAAAAAAACAAAAAAGGAUUCAAACAGUCAGUUUUACUGUGAUAAUCGAGAAAACUGUGAUCAAAAACUAAGAGAAGAGGAUCAAGAAAGAGAACAGAUUCCAGUCUUAAAAGUGACUGAAAUCCCAGCAGCAGAGGUACAAGAGAUUGAAAUUAAUGGAUUUAACUCUACUGUUCCUGAUGGCAGCAGACCUCCAAGUGGGUUGAGCACUUUGAGUGCAUUAGAUAUCGAUCAAAGAAGUGAUGCACCUGUGUCAGAAGAUAGUUUUGAAAUAUACCAACAUUCAGAGUCAGAAAAUGAAGCAGAAAUAAAUCUAGAGGAUAGAGAUGCAAAUCAGACUCAGUCAGUAGAAACACAUCACGAGAAGAAAGCAUUUUAUAUUGCUGAGGAACUGAUGACUUCAGAGAGAGUCUUCAUUGAUGUGUUGAAGCUUUUAAAUGUGGAUUUCAGGCAAGCAGUACAUGCAGUUGGAGCUGAACAAAAGUAUCCUGUUAUCCCUGGUGCAGAAUUAGAUAAGAUUCUCAAUAGUUUGCCCCAACUUCAGAGUUUCAAUGAAGAUCUGCUUCGUGAUUUGAAACACAGAAUAGAUAACUGGGACUGUAUUAAAAAGAUAGCAGAUGUGAUUGUUAGGAAGGGACCUUUCUUGAAACUUUAUACAUCAUACAUUCAGAACUUUGAAUCACAAUGUAUUUACCUGGAAGAAUGUUGUCAGAAGUAUCCAAAAUUUGCAAAAGUCGUGAAAGAGUUUGAGGCAUCACCUCGUUGUCAGAAACUAUCUCUAAAGCACUAUAUGCUGAAGCCUGUGCAACGAAUUCCUCAGUAUCGCCUCUUGCUGGAGGACUAUCUCCGCCAUUUAUCUCCAUCCUCUCCUGACUUGGAUGACACUCAGACAGCUUUGAAAAUAGUUUGUGAUGUGGCUGAUCAUGCAAACAGAAGCAUAAAACAAGGGGAUCACCUUAGUAAACUUCUUCAACUGCAGUCACAGUUGGGUAAUUAUGAGAUAAUCAAACCAGGGCGUGUGUUCUUGAAGGAUGGAGAACUUUUCAAGCUGUCAAGGAAAGGAGUACAACCACGCUACUUCAUACUGCUAAAUGACUGCCUUCUGUACACAUCUUAUUAUGGAUCAGUGCAGUCUUCUGGGCUCAAAAUGAACUAUGAGUUACCACUGAACAGCAUGAAAGUUAGCAUUCCACAAGCAGAAGACUACCAUAAUGAAUUCAGCAUCAUCAGUGUCAAACGGAGCUUCACACUUUCUGCACGUUCCUUGAAUGAACGCCAGGAGUGGGUAGAUGCUCUCCACAAAGCUAUCACAGACUACACUUCACGUCAGUUAUCGUUCCAAAACAUUAAAAUUACUUCAUCCCCAAAGAAUGAAGACUCGUCAGAGCCAUUCAGACUUGGACAAGAGGCUCCUGUGUGGAUUCAAGACAGCCGUGUCACCAUGUGCCAGUGUUGUACUGCUGAGUUCACUGUCACCUUUCGGCGACAUCAUUGUCGGGCUUGUGGAAAGGUUGUGUGUGGUGACUGCUCCGACUUCAGAGCGCCCCUCCAGUACAUGAGAUUCCAGUCAGCUCGUGUCUGUGAAGAAUGCCAUAAUACUCUUCUUAAAGAGGCUACGGACCCAACAUCCGAAGUGAAUCAAGCAAUGAAACGUGAGCUGGGAAAUGCAGUCAGAAUCAUAGAUAAUUUCAAGAAACUUGGGCCAGCUAGUGGAAGGAAAAUAAAAAAGUAUAUUCCACAACGACUCAAAGAGGUGACUGCUAAUGAUACUGGUUCGCAGAUGAGUGGAUGGCUACAGCGACGAUCCCGCCGUUCAUGGAAACGUUUAUGGUUUGUUCUGAAGGAACAAGUUCUGUAUGUCUAUAAGGCUUCGGAGGAUGUGGUAGCUUUGGAAAGCAUUCCUGUUUUAGGUUAUGCAGUGGAACCAAUGAAAGAGAGGCACUUUCAACUGUAUGAAGGCAUUGAUGCUAAGUUAGUAUUCCAGCUGGCACAUCCUGGACAGCAUCCGCUAAUUUUCCACGCAGACAGUGAACACUUGGCCAACAGGUGGAUUGCAGCUAUGAGUGAUGCUACUGUUCUGAAAUGAACCAAAUAACAAUAGAUUUGCUUAGUUUCUCAAAAAUGAUAUUUUUUUAAAUAAAUAUGUGUGGCAGAGUGUAUGUCUUUCAGAGACUAUAAUAAUAAUAAUAAUAAUAAUUGUUAAACUGCUAGAUUAGUACCAAUAAUCAAAAUAAGUGGUACAGUGUUUGUAAAGACAGGAAUGUUGUAUAUUUUACAUUAACUUAUAAGGAAUGUUAUGUAUAGAAUUUUAUUUGCUUAGUCUAGAAAGUAUUACAAAAUAAUUCUGUUGUCUGUCUUCAUAAAAUACUUUUUAACCUUUUUUAUUUUCAAGGGAAAUACUAAAA